ACAAACCGUCUGUCACGUUUGUUGAGAGGCCCAACAUCAAAGAAGUAUUUUUACGUUUCAGAUAAUUCCUCACCGAUCCUGUGGGGAUUAACUGGACUGAAAGACUGAGAAGUGACGAGAGGAACGCUGUUCUUCUCAUCUGUACUCGUGGACUUUGAGACGGCUCUCUGCAAAACAACAAAUUAAUGUCGACACGCACUUUUUCUACUUUCAAAAGACUUUGUUCCAAAACGUUUUGAAGGAUUCUUUUGUGUGCAAAAUAAAGAAGAUCAUCCGAAGAAGUUGAGAGAAGAACGCUGUUUUCGUGCCGAGAGGACAGAAAUCUUUUAGACACGUUUGUUUGCACUUUCGUACUUUCAAACGGAUUCUCUUGUGUGCGUCAGACCGGUGUUUUUAGGAUCUAGACUUGUGGAUUAGAUAAAGUUUGAAGAUGAGAGAGUUGCUGCCAGCGAGGCAGCUUCCUCCAUCCUCUUCUUCCUCUUUCCCCAUCACCUCUUUCUCGGUCCACACCUCCAAAAAGUUCCCGUUCUUCCACGUCGUCAAAUGCUGCAGGUACGAGGCGGAGAACGCCUUCUUCUCCGGCCUGAAGCUGAAGGACUUCAACAUCAUCGACACGCUCGGAGUCGGAGGCUUCGGACGCGUCGAGCUGGUGCAGCUGAAGAGCGAUGCGGCGAAAACGUUCGCCAUGAAGAUCCUGAAGAAACGUCACAUCGUGGACACGAGACAGCAGGAGCACAUCCGCUCAGAAAAACACAUCAUGACCGAGGCACACUCAGACUUCAUCGUCAGGUUGUACCGGACGUUUAAAGACAGUAAGUACCUGUACAUGCUGAUGGAGGCCUGUCUGGGAGGAGAGCUGUGGACCAUUCUCAGAGACAGGGGAUCAUUUGAAGACUCGACCACCCGUUUCUACACGGCGUGUGUGGUCGAAGCCUUCGCCUACCUGCACGCCAAAGGCAUCAUUUACAGAGACCUGAAACCCGAAAACCUCAUCCUGGACAGCCGGGGUUAUGCCAAGCUGGUGGACUUUGGUUUUGCCAAGAAGAACGGUUUCUGUAAGAAGACGUGGACGUUCUGCGGCACGCCGGAGUACGUGGCGCCAGAGAUCAUCCUCAACAAGGGUCACGAUGUCUCGGCCGACUACUGGUCUCUGGGCAUCCUGAUGUACGAGCUGCUGACCGGCAGUCCCCCGUUCUCAGGUCCAGAUCCAAUGAAAACCUACAACAUCAUCCUGAGAGGCAUCGACAUGAUCGAGUUCCCCAACAGGAUCACCAAGAACGCCGCCAACCUUAUCAAGAAGCUCUGCAGAGAUAAUCCCUCAGAGAGGCUCGGAAACCUGAAGAACGGAGUCAAGGACAUCCAGAAGCACAAGUGGUUCGAGGGCUUUAACUGGGAGGGUCUAAGGAAAGGAACUCUGACUCCGCCCAUCAUACCUGAUGUUUCCUCUCCGACCGACACAAGCAACUUCGACAGUUUCCCGGAAGACACAGACGAGCCGCCACCGGACGACAACUCCGGAUGGGAUUACGACUUUUAGUCCAGCUCGCAUCCAAACCCAAAGCCUGACACUUUUACGGCUGGCGUCGUUGAUAUCAAAAUCUGAGAAGAAGACGACUUCUUUCACCGCCAGGCUGACUGAAGAAAGAAAGAUGAGCU